UGUUUUAUUGCAGCUAUAUUGCUAUUGCUAAUGAUUAACGCUGAACCCAGACACAGCCCCUGUCUCUCUCCCAGCAGCCAAUCAGAGCAAGACUAUGGGCAGAAUUUAUUAAAGGUAGAGACCAAUGACAGCAGAGAGGAGGCGGGUCUUACAGCUUCUUCAGUUAGAGCAAAUCAUGUGUGGCAAAAAAGGUUACUAGAAGCCUACAGUGGAAACCUGUUAUAAAGAGAAGCACAGACUCACCUGGAGGAAGUGACCUGGACAAACAAGAUGGCUACACCUGACAGGCGCUACAGAAACGACUCAGUACCUCUCAACAUCCAGCGCCACGACGACUUUUACCAAGACACCAGCAAGAACGACUCUGAAAACUGGGACUGUAGCAACGACGUUAUCGAACUCACGCCUGACAGGCGCUACAGAAACGACUCAGUACCUCUCAACAUCCGGCGCCACGACGACUUUUACACCAGCAAGAAUAAUUCAAUACGUGUUAAAAAGCAGCGCUACAACACCCCUACCACGGGAAACUCACGCAGCAGUGACGUGGGAAAUGUACCCAGGAUACGCGUUACUAAUCAGCUGGUAGACAUGGUAACAGACAUGAUCGUCAACGUUCUAAAGGAUUAUGGUCUGACAGCAGCUGGGGAAAUAAAAUCGGUUGCUGAAUACCAGGAGGUGAUGAAAUCAAUGAGGUAUUCUGUGAAAUCAGGAGCUGUGUCAGGAAUGUUCACGAUUAUAGGAGGGCUGCUGGGAGGACCAGCAGGAGUCGCUAUUGGUGGAGCUUUCGGAGCUGCGGUGAGCUACUUUAUGACCAAAGACAAGUUCAAACCAGUUCCCAAGAUCCUCAAGGACCUUCCUCUUGAGGAGAAGAUGAAGAUUUGUCUCCACAUGAUUGCAGAAUUACCCAGCGAGAUUUCAAAGUUCACAGAUAGCAGACAGCUGAUUAAAUAUGUUAAGGCAAAUGUAGGACUACAGCAAAAAGUUAAAGAUUUGAUUGGCACUUUCUUCUCCAAUAAUCCUCUUCUUCUCCAUUAAGUGCAAAGAAAAAAAUGACCUCACAAUAUGCAUGUUUAAAUAGGCGUGAGUGGGUUUAAUGUGUUUGGUGAUCUCAGUGCCCUGAUAGUUCAUGUAUCUGUGAUGGUUUAGAAUGAUUUCUGAUGAUCAAUGAUUGGCUAUUAGUUAUUAAUCCAAGUUUUAGUCACAGUUUUAGACUUAGAAAAUCAAAAUGCAGGGAAACAUAUAGUAUACGUAUGUAUACAGCAAUUUUGUGUACAAGAGGCACAAUAAAAUCUUCUAAAUCUA